CCCCCCCCCCCCCCCCCUCCGUAUCUCCACCCGCAGCAGGAAGAUUCGACGGCGACCUCCCGCUCGAUCCAAUCCACCGCCGCCGUCGACCUCCUCCAUGUUGCUGCCGGCGUGAAGCGACAGCGAAACUUACCCGCGUAGCCAGGCGAUGGCAGCGGCUGGAGAGGAGGCGGAGAGCUCCGCCGCCGCCCGAGAGCGGCCGCGCGUGCCCUUCGCUCGGGGCGGCCCGGUGUUCGUCCCCUUCAUGGUCGGCCCUAUCUCCACCGUCCCCGAGUUUCUGUCCUCCACGCUCCGCCAGAUUCAGUCCCUGCGUGACGAAUUGGGCGACCCCGGGGACGAAUUCGAGGACGAGCUCUGCGUCGAUGCGUUGAAGGUGCUCUCUGAAGAGGAGCUUGUGGAGCGCGCUCUCCAGGAGGCUAUGGAGGAGGACUGGGACACUGGCGCUCGUGUAUUGCCUAGUGAGGAUAUGGCAGUUGUUCCGCAUGACCCAGAAGGCGUAGAUGGACAAAAAAAAUGUAGAAAAGGCAAAAAGAGAGGCAGGCAUUUUGAUAGGGAAGUUCGAGCACAUAUUUUUCAAGGGAGGUAUCUUACUAAAGCAGAGAAGAUGGCAGAAAUCAAGAUCAAGCAAGAGGAAGACAGACGUGGAGCCAUGCUGCACUCAUUCAGUGGUGAUUCUGCGAUGUCCAGAAGUUCCAAGGCAUCAGCGGAGAAAACUGACGUGGCAAAAUCUCUUUCAUACAACAGUGCCCCUUGGAAGCACAAAGCUUCGAAAUCUGAGGAACACAUACCUAUAGUCUAUCCAGACGUAAUUCUUUGUGUCGAAAUUUAUGAUCAGAGGCAGAGCUCUGUGAAAAGCCAGGAAUUUCUUGUGUUGGGAAGUCAGCUCCUUACAGAUCUUAAGGACAAUAUCUACUGUUCAACUAAUAAGUUGAUGGAGGUGAACAAUCAACGCGAUCAUUCUGGCUAUUUUCUUAUUGAGGACACGUUCUACAAUGACAUGAGACAUUAUUCUGCCGUUGAUUACAGUAAGCCUAUACUUGACUGGCUUAACGAGUCCAGUGAUGAGGUGGCAGAGAAGUGGGAUGCCAUAAGUUCUGGGGCGUUAAAGAAACGACAAAAAGACUUACUGAGGGGUUUGAAUAUUUCAAAUGUACCAGAGUUUAAAUCUGCAAAAAUGCAAAGUACCUACUUCUCAGACCUGCACUUCCGACUCGGUGCUGGGUACCUCUACUGCCACCAGGGGAACUGCAAGCACACAUUUGUCAUUAGAGACAUGAGGCUGAUCCACCCGGAGGACACACAGAACCAAGCAGAGUACCCUCUCAUGACAUUCCAGAUGCAGAAGCGUUUCCAGAAGUGUUCAGUGUGCCAGAUCUACCUUGCAACAAAGAUGACGGUGGACGACAAAUGGGCUCCGAAUAAUCCCUGUUAUUUCUGCAAGCAAUGCUACUACCUCCUCCACUACAGGGAGGACGACUCGCUGUUAUAUCAUCAUACUGUGCAUGAUUACCUGCAAGAGUAAAUAGCUCUAUUUUUAGACCAAAAGCCAUGAAGCCUUAGCUUUUACUUGCAGAUGAUCCUGAAUUGUAAAGUUCAGGAUUGUUGUGACAACUCAAUUGUUACCCGCUGUUUUUAGAAUCUUUCAUCUAUCUAGAAAAGGUUGAGCAAGUUAUUUUGGGAUGAAGGGAGUACAAGCAAUGCUGUGCCAGAUGAUCAACCUUCUGGGCUUACUGACUGAUUCCAGUUUAUCUAAUCAUUGUUGUUUCUC